CUGUAAAUAGGAGCCAAUCAGCAGCGGGGGACGGGUAUAAAAGGCAGAGCGCAGUUUUAAUCCGCAGCAGAUCCCUUCAGACCCUCAACACAGAAGACUGAAUUGACAGGUCAGCAGCCGGACCUCAUCAUGCCUUUCGGAAACACCCACAACAAGCUGAAGAUGAACUACUCGUCGGAUCAGGAGUAUCCCGACCUCAGCCAGCACAACAACCACAUGGCCAAGGUGCUCACGCCCGAAAUGUACGACAACCUGAGGGACAAGGAGACGCCCAGCGGGUUUACCCUGGACGACCUCAUCCAGACCGGCAUUGACAACCCAGGUCACCCGUUCAUCAUGACGGUGGGCUGCGUCGCCGGAGACGAGGAGACGUACGAGGUGUUCAAAGAACUGCUGGACCCGGUGAUCGAAGAACGCCACGGAGGAUACAAACCAUCAGAUAAACACAAGACGGACCUGAACGCUGAUAACCUGCAGGGUGGAGACGAUCUGGAUCCAAACUACGUUCUGAGCUCUCGGGUUCGGACAGGAAGGAGUAUCCGCGGCUUCUGUCUGCCGCCGCACUGCAGCCGCGGAGAACGCCGCGCCAUCGAAAACCUCUCCCUUGAAAGUCUAGACAUCCUGGAUGGAGACUUAAAGGGGAAGUACUACGCUCUGAAGAACAUGUCGGAGGAGGAGCAGCAGCAGCUCAUCGAUGACCACUUCCUGUUCGACAAGCCCGUCUCCCCACUGCUGCUGGCGUCUGGCAUGGCCCGCGACUGGCCCGACGGCCGCGGCAUCUGGCACAACGACAACAAGACCUUCCUGGUUUGGGUGAACGAGGAAGAUCACCUGCGUGUCAUCAGCAUGCAGAAAGGAGGCAACAUGAAGGAGGUGUUCAAUCGCUUCUGCACCGGACUCACCAAGAUCGAGAGCUUGUUUAAGGAGCGAAGUCACGAGUUCAUGUGGAACGAACACCUGGGCUACGUGCUCACCUGCCCGUCUAACCUGGGGACGGGCCUCAGAGCCGGAGUCCACGUCAAGCUGCCCAACGUCAGCAAGAACGAGAAGUUUGGAGAGAUCCUGAAGAGGCUGAGGCUGCAGAAGAGAGGAACAGGCGGCGUGGACACGGCGGCGGUGGGCGGAGUCUUUGACAUCUCCAACGCCGACCGUCUGGGCUUCUCGGAGGUGGAGCUGGUACAGAUGGUGGUGGACGGCGUGAACCUGCUGGUGGAGAUGGAGAAGCGUCUGGAGGGCGGAGAGAGCAUCGAUGACCUGAUGCCGGAGCAGAAGUGACCUGUGUCGCUGGAACACCCCCCCACCCCCACCUCCUCACCCCCCCACUCACUGUAACCAAUGAGAAACCGUCCUGAAGCUGCGGGACGUUUAGAGUUAGACUCCCAACAUGUGAAGGACUUUCUAUUUCCUGUUGGACCCAACUAACACCUGAAAUAUCUAAUAAAGUCUGUGUGGCCCCGACUAAA